AUGUGUGCUAGCGCCUACACUCCGGCACUCAACAUCCAAGGUCUUAUCGUGCUCAACGUCGAAGGCUACACACUCCCUGGCUGGCACGCCGCUCUCAUGACCAUCGGCAUCGUGAUUGUCUGCAUCUUCAUCAACACUGUCGCGAUCAAGAAACUGCCUUUGCUCGAGGGGUUCAUGUUGCUCUUUUUCUUCUUCAGCUUCUUCACUAUCGUCGUUGUGCUCUGGGUUAUGGCUGAGAGAACUCCUGCAAAGAAAGUGUUUACUGAAUUCAGCGACAACAUGGGCUGGGGGAACGUAGGCCUGUCCACACUGAUCGGUAUCUUGUCUCCUUUCACCACUCUUCUCGGCUCCGACUCGGCUUGCCACUUGAGUGAAGAGUUGAAAGAUGCAUCAUGGGUCCUUCCGAGGUCUAUGGCUGCUACUGCUGUCGUCAACUACGCUCUUGGCUUCUUUACCGUCAUCACACUCAUGUUUACUCUGGGUGGUUCUGUUCAAUCUGUUCUCGAUACCAAGUUCGGUCAGGGAUAUAUCCAGGUAAGUACAGCAUACAAAGCCAUUGUUCAGUGGUUCGAACCGAGUUGA